AUGAAUCGCUUCAAAGAUCCUGCUUAUGUAUUUAUCGGUCAUGAAGUUCCUGUUGACCUUGCAUCCCAAGAAGAACUUGAUAUUUCAGAGAAAAUAGUUCUUUUACCUUACAGUGAGAUCUUGCAACCUAUUAAAGAAAAGACUGGUUGCAGCCACGGCUGCAAUCCUUGGACAGUUUACCAGUGCCCUGAAGAUGAAGUCAUUUGUUCCAGGACUGUUCAAUGCAUCAAGCAGAAUCCUUUAACGGAUUGCAAAUCUGAUUUCCAUCAAGAGUUGAAAAAGCGAUACAAAAUACGAUACUCCAAAGUAAUCGAAUCGAAAGAUCCCGGUUUUAACUUCGAUUCGUCUGAUUUCAAAAAAGAAUUAGAUUUAUAUCCUGGAGAAAUAAUUGGAUUCAAAACUCUCGAUGAUACUUCAAUUGGUUAUCGGAAAUCAACAGAUGAGGAUAUAAGUAGUGGUUUGCAAGACGUACUUUUAGAUGGAAACAAGGAAUUGGGAGUCCUGCAUUAUUUGAGAAUGAUAACUGUAGAGCCGGCGAAUGUAUCUUUGAAAUUCUCAUUUAAUACGACUGGUAAUCAUUCAUUUACCGUAGCAUUAUCAGAUGCGAAGGGAGUUUAUUCAGAGUCAAAAGCUGUAUUAGUCCAAAUACCAAUCUCAAACAUUUUGGUGAAUCUUGCUAAUGUCGACAACACUGUUGGUGAUAAUGUUCAGAUUCACGUUACUGGCUCGGGUAGUGACUUCAAAUUGAUUUUGGCAUAUUCUGAUGAAGAAACGGAAGAAGAUUUUGAAGAAUUCGAAUUUGAUUUUCCAGAUGAAAUACCAGAUGAAGGCAUAUUCAGAACUAUAGCAUGUAAAUCACCAGGCAAACAUGUGCUCACUGCUGUAGUGUCAAACGAAUGGAAUGCGGAAAACGCCUCCCAAGAGUUCAGUUGUUUUCAUCCUGUGAAAAGAGAUUGGUCUUUUUCUUCUGAUUCACCGAGAACAUAUCCACCAGGUAAAAUUUCCUUUAAUUUGAAGUUUGAUGGCAAGUACUUGCCUUCCUCAGCAAACUACGUCGUAAAUUAUGGAGAUGAAAGCGAUGAAGAAUCUGAUGAGAUAAAAGAUGGAUCUGAUAAAUGGACUAAAACUCUCUCACACACAUAUUCAUCUGAUGGAAAUUAUUCUGUGUCUAUAAAUAUCUCCAAUCCCGUUAGUUGUGAAGUUUUCGAACUGACCGUAUCCAUUUUUAAGAAAUUGGGAAACUUGUCAGUGACAACAUAUUUUGUAAAAGAUGGUACAUAUCCCGAAGACAGGAUUCAAUUGAAAGGCAAAAACAAGUCAGAUGCGCCUAAACACUCCACACUGUACUUUGAAUACGAUAUUUCCGGUCAUGUGACUAGUUUUGAAAUGAGAUCAGAAGAUGGAAGCUUUGAACUAAGCUCAAAAGAAAAUGUUUUGUCUCACGAUUUUCCUGAGGUAGGAGAAUGGAAUGUAUCUUUUGUGGCGAAGGAUUCUGAUGUAAAUGAACAAAGUAAUCAGAUUUCAAAGCAGUUGCGGAUACUGUCAGAGGUUUCUAACUACGUCUACAACGCAAGUGCAACCGAAGGGGAAAUCGACGAAUCCAUUGAAUUUACUAUCUCUCUCUCAGAAUUCGAUGAUUACUCAUGUGUUGUAUUUGAUGCUGCUGAUAAUUCCCGAUUACGGGCAUUUGGAAAUGAAGAAGUAUGCACACUACACUAUGAUAAAGAGGACUUUAAAUUCAUUGAAAAACCAACCGAUUUUGCCAGGAGGAAAAGAGAAAUCAAAGAUGCGAUGUGGAAAGAUGAAUCUACUAUAAGCAUAUUGAAUAACUACAUGUAUGGUGGAAAAUUUCAACCCUCUGUCGACGUAUUUAAUUCUGUCAGUCGACUGAAAAAGAACUUGACGAUAUUUAUAUCCUACGGAGAUUAUGAUACACCCGUUCUUUGGAUUGAUGAAAAUUCGACAGACAGUGAUCGACCCAUUGAAUGCAAGCGUGGCAUAGACUGCAGGUACGAGACUACUGCUAUAUUUCGAAACAACCAAUCCUACCUAGCCUAUCAUGAGUGGUCAAUUUUCAAAUUAGAUGGAACUGGAAAUGAAGACGAAAUAGACAUAUCUUACUUAAAAACCCACAACUGUUCGGCCAUCAGAAUCCUUAAGAGAUCUUUAGAAUUAGGCCUCUACAAACUAAAAUAUACUUUGACCAUAUAUGCCGAAGAUGAAAAUGUGACUCACGAAGAGGAUCUGCACACCGUCAAAGAAAUUGAUGCAUAUGAAGAUUACCGAACAUAUGUGCAGAACAGGUCGAUUCUCACGAGGCGGAGUGUCUACUCCUACUUGAGAAUUAUUGAAACGCCCCUGCUUCCCAUGCUGGUGCGUGGUGGUGCCACUCAUAUUCGUCGAGGAUACGGUCAAACUGUUCAUCUGGAGCCGACCAUUUACACUGAAGAUCCUGAUAAUCCCGAUGAAAGGAACUUUAAUGUCACGUGGUUUUGUUUACGUUAUGAUCAAAAAGAGAGCCUUACAGAGUUGGGAGCUCAUGAGUAUGAUACAAGCAAUCCUUCAAGUCCUAUAACAGACAGAUCUACUGUUAAGGAAAAAGAUAAUAAAGGAGGCUGUUUUGGUAAAGGCCCAGGGUUAAUGAAAGUUGCAUCUUCAGAUUUUGAACUCGACACAGCUUCUUUCUGGUCACAUGAUGCAGUUUAUGAACUGAUUGCAGUUAUAAAGAAAAAUCACAAAAUCACCGAAGGACAUCUUUUUGUUGAAGUUGUGAAAGGAAAACCACCAAGUUUGCAAGUGAUGUGCGAAAAAAGAGUAGCAUGCAUUCCAGAUGUUCACGGAGUUUACAUCAAUCCCAGUUCUUAUAUACCAUUAAGAGUAGAGUGCAUCGAAGAUUGUGGAGACACGAAAAUAAACUAUGAAUGGAACAUAUAUGCUACUGACUUGAAAGCUACCGAAAAAUCCCCACUGGAAAACGUGGAACAACACAUGAGAGUGGACUAUGACAGAGUUGGAGUGAAUCAAACUUUGUUUUUGGAGCAUUCCGAUGUUCCAGCAUUCUUGGUUCGGGCAAAGGGUACACUCAUGAACGAAACAGUUUCAGAAGGAAUUUCUUCCAUAUUGCUCGUCAUAAACCAUCCACCCAGCAAAGGAAAAUGCAAAAUAAGUGAAAAGUCCGGCUUUGCGCUGAUUGAUCUCUUCCAUGUCAAGUUUUCGGACUGGACGGAUGAAGAUGGACACGAAAUAGCAGACUACAGCGUAUACUUGAAGUAUGAUGAUGUAUAUAUGCGUCUCUCUUAUGGUAAGAAGGAAAAAGUAGAAGUUGUUUUACCUUAUGGUACACAUGAAAUUUGGUGCACAGUUGAAGAUUCCAUUGGUGCUGUGACGUGGUACGGCAUUUCGAAUUUUACGACGUCUUUGCCAACAGAAGAACAACUGGACGAGUACGAAAAGAGUCGCUUCAAUGACAAAUGCAUUGGGGAAGGAAGAAUGACUUUAGUCUCUCAAAUCGUCAUUGCAAAGAAUUCAGUUGUUAUGGAACACAGACGACGGCAGAAUAAGAGCGAUGUAUUUGAUGGUGUUAGUGAACGAGAAAUAGGCACACAUUGGCAGGAACAUCUAGAAUUGGAGGGUAUUGAUAGCAGUUACUACACUCCACAAGCUAAAGAAGAGAUUCGUGAAAUGCUGACAGAAAACUUGGAAAAGGAAAUGAACCAUGAAGCUAUCGAAAAAUCUCGAGAAUUGAGUAAAAUUUUGAGAGUACCGAUGGAAGCAUUACCUGAUGUUGAAAUAUUUGGAGGAGCUUUGAGUUCUGUUGCUGAAAAUGGUCCAACAGAUCUCCAUGGCAAAAUGAAAAUAAUGAAAGGUAUGGAGAACAUGUAUGAAAUAAUCAACCAAACUGAAGUACCCCAUCCUGAAGCUAAAAAGAUCGCCAUCGGUCAGCUUGGGAGCUUAGCAGACACCGUCGCUGGAUCUCUUGCUGAUUCGAAUAUUGGUGGUAAUUUUUUGCCAUUUGAACUAAACCAAGCAGAAGAAGACUUGAACCACAAUGCAACGGAACCAAAUUAUUUUAUUUAUUACGUUGAAGGAAAUCGCAAAGAAGUUGAAGAUCGUUUAAGAAACAGAGCUGUAGACGAGGCGAAGGGAAAUCAGCUUAACGAUGUAAUUGAAGGAAAUCGCAAAGAAGUUGAAGAUCGUUUAAGAAACAGAGCUGUAGACGAGGCGAAGGGAAAUCAACUUAACGAUGCUAAAGAAAUGGUUUCGAAAAUAAAAACCAUGAUCUCCGAAAUACAGGAAUAUUGCAUGGAGGAAAUAAUGGCUGGACCUGAUCCGUUUUAUACAACAACACGGAACGGAUUUCAGAUGACAUUUUACAAAGACUUUGCUACGAAUUUAUCGAACGAAAAUAUACAGCAAGGGGACUCUUCAAUCACUUUACCUAAUAUAUGCAAAACUCUUGACCAAAAUGAUUGUGAUGAUAAUCAACUCAUAGUCGGAAUACAAGCUGUUCGUUGGACCCAACCUCUAGAAUCGCACAGUGAAAACUCAGCCAUUUUGAAUGAAAAAUCUAACGUCAUUCAGAUCGACAUCACAUCUCGAGAAGGGAAUUCAACUAUACCAGUCAACAAUACCGGAGAUCCUUUCAUCAUUUGUAUCCCCGUUUCGAAAGACAACGAUCCAAACAAUGGCAUGGAAUUCAUCGUACCACGGUUUUCCAGCAACGAGGAUAUAUUCGUAUACCACACGGUGUUUGUGGAUUCCUCUGGAGUAGGAGUCACCGUCAAUCUAAAACCAGAUAACAACAGUGAAUCGUUAAUUGUUAUAUACAAAUACGGUGAUUACCCGUCUUUGCACGACUAUGAUGGACUUACAAGACUUGACGAUAUUCCGAUUGUAGAUGGUAUACAUUCCCUAUUUAUUGGAUCAGACGUAAUCAAAGAGAGUGGAAAAAACUUAACAGUUGGAAUCGGUCAAAUAUCUAAUACAACUGAUGUGAAGGUUGUUUUUGAAAAUCCAGAAGAACAUAACCUAACGGAAGCAAACAUGACAAAUCAAUUUUCCUCUAAUUACUCCAUCAAAGUUGCUACAACUGGGUGUUACUAUUUUAGCGAUUUGGAAGAAAGAUGGAGUACAAAUGGAUGCCAAGUUGUCAGUAGCCUUUCUACUGUAACUUGCUGUGCGUGCAACCAUCUGACUUCCUUUGGAAGUGGAUUUUUCAUUGCACCAAAUAAGAUUGAUUUCAGUUAUGUAUUUUCACACGCUGGUUUUUCAAACAAUGUCACAAUAUAUGCCACGAUUAUAGUUAUUUUCUCUUCGUUUAUUUUGUUCUUGAUAUUUGCCAGAUGGAAAGACAGAAAAGAUUUGGAAAAGCUAGGUGCUACUCCAUUAUCUGACAAUGAAGUUGGGGAUAAAUACAUAUAUGAAAUUCUUGUGUACACAGGCAAUCAAAGAAAUUCGGGGACAAAAUCUAAUGUAUUCUUCUUGGUGUCUGGAGAUGAUGAUGAAACAUCAGUUCGGCAUCUCUCUGAUGAUAAAAGACCUGUUCUUCAAAAAGGAUCCAUUGACGUUUUUGUAAUGGCGACACCAAGAUCCCUGGGACAGUUAAACUAUCUGAGAAUAUGGCAUGAUAACACUGGGACAGGAAAAUGGUCAUCGUGGUUCUGUCGAUACAUUAUAUUCAGAGAUGUCCAGACUGGACUAAAGUAUGAAUUCAUAAUUAACAAAUGGCUUGCUGUUGAGUACGAUGAUGGAAUGAUUGAUCGUUUGAUACCAGUUUCUGGCAAAGAACAAGUGACGGAGUUUUCCAGUCUAUUUUCAACAGCGUCUCAGCGAAACUUGGCCGAUAAUCACCUGUGGUUAUCAAUAUUUCUGAGGCCGACCCGCAGUCGAUUCACGAGGGUGCAGCGAGUGUGUUGUUGCACUGCUGUAUUAUGCUUGUCCAUGCUGACGAAUGCCAUGUACUAUGAGAGGACCUCUGCCAAACCUGAUCAAGGUGGAUUCAAAUUCGGUCCGUUAUCCUUGAGUCCCGAACAGAUCGCAGUAGGAGUUCUCAGCAAUCUAAUGAUAUUUCCUCCAACAUUCCUAAUGAUAUUCUUUUUCCGGAAAUCUAGACCCAAGAAUUUGCGACCAUCUCGAAUAGAAGAGGCAGUAAAACAGCAAAGGAGUGAGUGGAAAAAGAAGCCAUCAGCGAAUAAAGAAAGGAAGAACAAGAAAAGCGAUGCUGAAGCCCAAACAUGCCAUCGUAAGAAAAGAUUCUCCUUGCCUUGGUGGUGCGUGUAUUUUGGUUGGUUCAUGGUGGCGAUAUCCAUUGGUGCCUCACUUUUCUUCAUGUGGGCGUAUGGAAUUGAAUUUGGUGAUGAGAAGACAUCUAAAUGGCUGACAUCUUUGGUUGUUUCUUUUUUCUCUUCGCUUCUUGUCACACAACCCAUUAAGAUAAUUCUGAUGACAAUAGUGAUGUCUUGUAUAUGUCGCUCUGCUAAUUACGAAGAUGAUGAUGCUGAUGAUGAUGAGGAAGACCCGUAUCUAAAAAGCGAUGAAGAAUACUUGCACGAAGGUCAAAAAAAGAAGCGACUGACCUACCAACCCAUGGAUACUACUGCUCUAGAGGAAGCUAGGAAGGAACGAGAAAAAGAAGUUAAAAUGCAUAGUAUGAUACGGGAGAUUUUAACUUACUUUUUCUUCCUGUGGGUCAUCACUAUUCUCAGCUAUGGAAAUAGAGAUCCCAGUAAUUUCUAUCUCAGAGAGGCUUUAAUUAAUGGAUUCAUCAAGCCUGGUGAUAUUUAUACAGAUUUCAACUUUGUCAACACAGAAAGACGUUUUUGGAACUGGACAUAUAAUGCACUUCUUCCAGAACUGUUUGCCGCCAACUGGUACAAUGGUAGAAGUCCUCUUGGGUUACGUCUGUUUUUAGAUGAUCGUAACAAUUUGAAAAUAGGAUAUGCUGUUCUUAGACAAGUCAGAAUUCAUCCAAGAAGUUGCAAUGUACACUGGCUGAUGCAAAGCAUAACACCCGAGUGUGCGGGAUAUGGUGGAAUGGUGCAUGAAGAUGGUACACUAUAUACUAAAGGCUGGAUCGAGGUGAAUUCCACAGAAACACUUGUACCACCGGAAUACAAAUAUUUGACAGCAUCACAACUGAAGGGCUAUCCGUUUUGGGGACAGAUUGACUGGUACGGCGGAGGUGGGUAUGUUGUACCAUUAAUAGCCAAGCGUGACAGUGACAUUGAUUCACUUAGACAACGAUUGUACAAAAUAGAAAGAGAUGGAUGGAUUGACAAAUAUACUCGAGCCAUUUUCGUAGAAUUCGGAGUUUACAAUGCACAAAUAAAUCUAUUUUGUGCCGUUACAAUCUUGGCAGAAUUCCUGCCUGGUGGAGGAGUAGUUCCGUAUUAUCACAUCGACCCCCUUCGCCUCCUGAAUUACCAUACAGGGUUCGGGUUGAUCCAGUUGGCCGUAGAAAUUCUCUUUGUAAUUUUUACAGUUUUUUUCACUUAUAAAGAAGUGAGCAGUAUGAUUCAACAAGGUCUGGCUUACUUCAAACAGUACUGGAACAAUGCUGAGGUAGUAAGCAUUGUAGUGUCCUACACUGGAAUAGCCAAUCACAUUUACAAGUUGUUUGCAACAGCAGAAAUUCUGCGGAUCUUCACAGAGACCGAUGGAACUGGAUAUAUCAAACUGCAAGAAGCUGUACUUCUGAAUGAGCUAUUCUGCUACCAAAUAGGCCUAGUGAUGUCCAUUUCAACUUUGAAAUUCUUAAAGCUCUUGCGAUUUAACAAGCGCAUUGGAAUACUAAGCAGUGCCCUUAGGAUUUGCGGACAAGAAUUGCAAAGCUAUGCUGUCUGCCUGAUGAUCGUGUUUAUGGCAUUUGUGAUCUUAUUCUGGCUCCUUUUGGGAAGAUUUGUCCGAGAGUUUUCGACCUUUGUUUACUCCUUUGAAUCUUCAAUUAGUAUGAUGUUGAAGAAAUUCAACUACGAAGAUAUGUACGCCGCUCAACCGGUAUUCACACCCAUUGCCUUCUUCACCUUCUCCUUGGCAACAUCAUUGGUACUUAUUAACAUCUUACUGAGCAUUAUCAUAAGGUCCUUCGAGGAUGUGAAGCACGAUGUCAAUCUUCAGAGUGAUGAAUACGAAGUCCUGGAUUUCUUCAUCAAUAGGAUCAAGAUGAUGCUCGGAAUAGGAACGGCGAAAGUUCGGCCUAUGCCCAACUUGCAUGGCGAGAAGAUUAAACCAUUAGACUCGAUCUCUACUUUCCCUGCAAAAGUAGACAGGCUUGUGGACUUUAUCAAUGACUUUUAUUUUGACAGUCAAAUGGAUUUCAACAGCAAGGAGUUUUUGAAAAAGAUGAAUGCAGAUACUACGAUGAUCAACAAAGGUGGGAAAAGAAACGCCCGACCGGUAUUGAAAAGUAAAAUUCCAAAAAGUGUCUCCGAGCAGUUUGACGACUUUUAGCUCUUUAAACUUCUACUUAUGCUAGAAGCACUUUUAGUGUUUAGAAAAUGGCAUUCAUCUAUGAGGGUUGUUUUUUAAAUAAGAGCCGUUUGAAAAUAAAAAGCAAACGAAAGAAAAUAUUUAUGAAGCAAAGUUAUUUUCAGACUCUACAUACAUUUCUCUUUUUUCAGUAUAGUAGCCAAGUUUGUUUAAACACUUAUCAUACCUUACAACUAUAUUUAGAAUACCCUCUUUGUAUUAACUAGCUGCCUGUUCCAUUAGUCAAGAGGUCAGGACCGUUCUCACGUCUUCGUCACCGUUGUACUAGUUGCCGCCACAUUAAUGUUUGAAACACAGGAAAAGAUGAAAAUCACUUAGCGCAAGGACUGGGUUGUAUUGAGGGGUGGUCCAAAACUUCCCAGCCAAAAAGAGUCAAAAAAGCUCUGAGAUGUGAGAGUCGCUGUCAUAGAGUAGCAAAAUUUCCAGUCAGAAACUUCACAAAUCUGUCGGUGAAUGUAUGCAGCAGACAUAUUUUUUACCGACUAAAAACACAUCACUGACCGUACCUCAUACGCAGCGGGCGAUUUGUUAAACUUGAACAUUUUAAAGACACAGAACUGACCAUGCAGGUUACCUACACAGCUGUUUCUAAGGAAUGCCAGGACACGACGAAAGCACUCCUCACCUUUUAGUGUACACAGCAAAACGGCCCUUACUUAAAAAACAGUCCUUGUAUAUUUAAUGAUGAUGAUGUAAAUGCUUCACUUCCAUUGCUUUCUUCUCCACAGGUACUUAAUAUCCUCAUUGUAAAAUUGUUUGAGGGUGGACUUUUGUUGUCAAUAUGAUAAAGACAACAGAUGUAAGAAAGGUACAAAGUUAGUUCUAUGCUUAACUUUUAUUAAAAUGUACUAGCUUUAUCUCAAUAAUAAGAUUUAUAGACUUAAUCACACCAGGCCAGAUUUAAAGACUCAUUUACCAUCAGUGAAUUCUACAAUUUAAUUAUAAAAAAUAAAAAAUAGAAUACUUUGUAAUGAGUUCUUUAAAAAUAGCAUAUUAUUAGAAAAACAAUGUCCUCGAAAGCGAACCCAAUAGAUCAAUCAUUCCUUUGACGCAAAAUUUUUAUUAAACAUAUUUUUCAUACUUUUUUCAAUUAAUUUAGGUCAAAGUAAG